AUGCGCGUUGCAAUCAUUAUCAGUCUUUCAAUUUUAUUUAUUGUUAUUAUCAUGGCUUUGGCUUGGUGUUUGACUCUUUUAGCAACCAUCAGUCUGGGUACGAGUAUCGAUGUACUUGUUCCAAUAUCCACACAAAAACCGGAUGCAUCGCUCUACACGAAUAUUGUUCAUCCACGUCAACCACAACGAUUAAACUUAGCUUCUAAACGACCACUACAUACGAAUAAGUUCUAUACCAAUCCAAUUAUUGGUUCAGGAGAAAAUCCGAUUAUUGCUCAACCGUAUGUUCUCUUGGUAAAUCCUUCAUCACCAUUUGGUGUGUCGAUUUCAUGUACGGAACAACAAGCGUUUGGACCACAAAUCGAUAGUACGCGAGUGAAGUACUUCAUCAAUGUUAUCUUGAAAAAUAUGCAAGUGAGUGCCACUGAGUUUACUGCACGAAACUUUGAGGUGAUCAAUGUUGAUGAUCCAGGCUUUUCAUUUACUUUGAAAAUGUUUCAACAAGGUUCACAAGCGUCGAUUACAAUGCCGAUUGUUCGCGGUAUGGCUUAUGUUACAUUCGAGUACAACUCUGCCACACCAAAGAUCUCUACAGCUCAUGCUAUUUUUUCGGUCAAUGGUCAAUCGUCAGGCAAGAUAACAGGCAAACGUUUCGAAGUUUCCCUAAAUAAUGGCCAAACCUGGAUUAUCUAUGCACUCAAUGGUGACAUUACGUUAGAGCUUCGUGAUAAUCAAUUAUUUGGCACACAAGCCAUUACAAAUGUACUUCGUUUAACCAAGAAACAAGGCGAUUCCUAUGCUAAUUCUCUUCUCGACUCACACGCUGCUGUUUAUCCUACAGGAUGUCAGUUGAAAGCUGAUGUUACUGGUUCGAAAGGUACAUACACAUUUCUUUGGGAACGUAAGGGUGAUAUUACCAAAACUUUACUUCAUUAUACAUUCGCUCACCAUCGGGAAGUCAUGACAUCAGGAAGUGCAACAGGAACGCCAGUGCUGACCAAAUCAGCAAGUAAGGGUCCCAUGGUCGGAUAUGUUGGAAACAUUUGGAUCAUGGAGGAAAAGUCUCUCUCGACUAUGGGUUUUCUUGCCCCACGUGCACCAGCGGCACAGUAUGAAGACCGUAUUGUUGCGCAAUUGAUCAAAGAUAUCAAUGCCGGAGUUAAUUUGGGUGUAACGGAUUACUAUUUUACUGGUAAAGCUUUUCAUAAGUACGCAUUAUUGUGUCUACUGGCCGAUUAUUAUCGUGAAACAUCGCUACGAACUGAGUGCAUAAGAAAACUGCAAGAAGGUUUUGAUGUUUUGCUACAAGGGAAGAAUAGCAAUGCAUUGAAAUACGACACCACUUGGUAUGGUCUUGUCUCUGCCGCCGGUUUACCUGCAAAUCAAGAAUUAGCUGACUUCGGUAAUUCGUAUUAUAAUGAUCAUCAUUACCACUGGGGAUAUUUCAUUCAAACGGGAGCUAUUCUUGCGUAUCUUGAUUCUAGUUAUACGCCAAAACUCAAAGGUUGGGUCGACGCAUUGAUUCGAGACUCGAAUAAUCCAUCGACACAAGAUACGCAUUUCCCCCAAUUUCGUUAUUUCGAUUGGUUUUCAGGACAUAGUUGGAGUCAAGGUUUGUUCGAAUCGGCUGACGGCAAAGAUCAAGAAUCGACGUCGGAAGAAGUUAAUUAUCAUUAUGGUGUAGCCCUCUGGGGUUUAGCUACGGGUUCAAAAACGACCGAAGGUCUUGGCCGCUUGAUGUUAGCUGUUGCUAAACGUGCAAUUCAAACAUAUUUCCUCAUGGAUAGCGCCAAUAAAGUGAUGCCAAAAGAAUAUAUUGCUAACAAAGUAACAGGUAUUUUCUUUGAAAACAAGGCAGAUUAUGCCACAUGGUUUGGUCCUAAUCCAGAGUUUAUUCAUGGUAUUCAAAUGCUUCCAUCGACACCAAUUACCGAAGAAGUACGUCUUCCGAAAUUUGUCCAAGAAGAAUGGGAUACGAUUAUUAGCAAAGUUGUUCCCAGUGUUACGGGAGGAUGGAAAAGUAUUUUAUACACAAAUUAUGCUAUCCUCAAUCGCGGAGAAGCGUUUAACCAAUUACUAACUGUACCACUAGAUGAUGGUUUAACACGCGCUUGGGCUCUUUACUGGGCGGCGACGAGACCAAAUACAAAUGAUGGUACUGGAACUUUAACAACAACUAAUCCGUCGUCAGUUACUACAACAGGUGCGCCAUCCACUGGAGGAGAAUGCACUUUACCUGCUGGUGCUUCUUGUACAUCGUUAACUUCACCCGGUGAUGCUGCCGCUGGUCUCGGUAUGUACUAUGAUGCCAGUUGUUCUCAAGGUGGUGUUGGUUGUAAUCAUAUCCAACCCAAUUGUCGUCUCUGUGCAAAGAAUCCAGCAGUUGUUAACAAUCCUUUUCUUAAAUGUCCUUCGUGUGUUUAA